AUGGCCUCCUCCAUCGAGAGUUUGCUAGAAGCCAUCUCCGACACAGAAGACCCAAUUGAAGAGCUUCAAUGUCUUAAAACUGCACUUUCAUCGACACCCGUAAGCUCUUUGAGCGACAUUGUUAGCGGGCGUCGCUUCGAUGUAAUCUUCUCUUUGUUGUACUCGAAUGAAAGGGAGCAGGUGGAGCUGUGCGUGGACAUCCUCCAGAUCAUCUUAAUGGCCUAUAGCCCCCUGCAGGUAGCUCAGGACUAUAGAGUGGAGCUGCAAGCGGGUCUGACGCACCCCAACGACACUGUCAAAACACUGGCUUUGACUCAGGUGACUAGGAUGGCAGAAGACCCGGACGCCGGUGUGGAAAUCCUCAACAGUCACAACAUUAUUGAAGCUGUGAUCCGCUGCCUUGCGGAGGAAAACAUUACGGUGGCGAAACAGGGCAUCCAGUGUCUGUCCAGGUUAUGUCGCUGUGAAAACGGCUUUUAUAAAAUAUUCCAGAGCGAUUUGGUGAACGUUAUGAAAGAAGUGAUGACCGUGAGCGACAUCAUCCGGUACAGAGUCUAUGAGCUGGCUGUGGAUGUCGCGAUGGUGGACAUCGAUCACCUCUGUAUCAGCUACAAGAUAUUAAAAGAUCUCAUCGCUGAACUCACAGGAGACGAUAUUUUGAUCAGGGCCACGGCCAUUGAGAUGGUGACCGGUCUUACUGGCUCUUGGUUUGGUCAAACGUGGUUAGCUGAGCACGGUGUCAUUGCCAAGUUUUCCAACAUGAUCAAAGGCGCCAACGAGGAUCCUCUCUCCUCCUUGUAUCUCCCAGGUCUUGUGAAGUUUUUCGGCAAACUGGCUAUCCUGCAAAGUCCCCAGAAGGUUUGCGAAGACUACCCGGUUUUCCUAAACAAAGUGUUAGAAAUGGCUUUGGACCCAGACCCUGCCAUGGUUGGUGUGGCUCUGGACACAUUAGGACUGCUGGGCUCUACAGUAGAAGGGAAGCAAGUUCUGCAGAAAACAGGUGAAAAAUUUAAGUCCGUGUUGUUAAGGAUGAGCCAGCUUUUGAGCUCCGGUGCUACCGAGCUUCGAGUGCGCUGCUUGGAGGCCUUAUCGCAACUCCUUACACUGCAGCCGGAGAUGCAGAGCGAAGACCUGCUGGCGCUGACCGAGUCCUGGUUUUGCCUUUUGUCCAAACACCCUGUUGACAUGAUUCGCGAUAUCAGCACUCAACCCUUCCCGGAGCUGCACUGUGGGGCCUUGCAGGUCUUCACUGCCAUCGCCUCUCAGCCGUGGGGUCUGAGGAUGAUGGUGAGCACACCUGGUUUCAUGGAGUUCAUCCUGGAUCGUUCCACAAGUCGAGGCAAGGAGGCCAAAGAUGCCAAGUUUGAGCUAGUGGGCUCGCUCUUGAGUUUGUCCACCGCAGCGGAUAUACUGGGCACCCAGUACAUCAUCUCCCUUAAAGGCUACCGGAGUGAAGGACCUUACUACGUGUCGGCAGUUGCCGCCGUCGACAUGGAAGGAGCCUAA